AUGGACGGCGUGUGCGGGAAGCCAAAGUCGCUUCAAGAGCGCUGUUUUCAGUCGGCUCGCAGUGGAGACUACGCGCGCCCGUUGACACGGCAGGUGCGGAAUGGUGGCAAUGAUGGCCAUAAUGGUGACAAUUGUGAUGACAGUGAUGAGAAGGGUGCAAAUUGUGAUGGCAGUGGCGACAACCGUGGUGGUGGUGGUGGUGGUGGUGAUGGUGAUGGUGAUGGUGGUGAUGAUGAUAAUGGUGACAACUGUGGUGGUGGUGGUCGUGGUCGUCGUCGUGAUUGGAAAGGAGAGAAGGCGGUGGUGGCGCCAGCUAGGGCAGAGCAGCUGGCUGGCCGUCUUCACGCGCCGCUGGCCACAGACCGCCAGAGUGGCGCCUGUUUUUCCGCCCCCGCACCCGCAAGAAAGGCGGCCUGGCCGCAGAGGACACGCAGCUGUUCCCACGAAACUUGCGGAGGCGUCGCCGAACGUUCCAGAGGCGGCUGCCGUCGCCAGCGAACGCCGUCCUAG